AUGGAGCAGUUAUCAGAUGAAGAACUUGACCAUGGUGCGGAAGAAGAUAGUGAUAAGGAAGAUCAGGAUCUGGACAAGAUGUUUGGGGCCUGGCUGGGGGAGCUGGACAAACUCACACAGAGUUUGGAUACAGACAAGCCUGUGGCACCAGUGAAGAGAUCACCUCUCCGUCAGGAAACCAAUCUUGCCAACUUCUCGUAUCGCUUCUCCAUGUAUAAUUUGAAUGAAGCCCUGAAUCAGGGGGAGACUGUGGAUCUAGAUGCCCUCAUGGCUGAUCUCUGUUCCAUAGAGCAGGAGCUCAGUAGCAUUGGGUCUCAUUCAGCAAACAAUGCUGCAGUGAAACGUCUUGCCACAGAAUCCAAAGCUCAGAAACCACCUGCUAGCCGGCCUUCUACUAAGCACAGCAGCAUGAAAGGAUUAUCCUCCUCAUCUGGUAAGGUGACUAAACCAUCACAUGCCAACGUAUCUUUGGAUGACAUCACUGCACAGUUAGAGAAGGCCUCUUUGAGCAUGGAUGAGGCAGCCCAACAAUCUGUUGCAGAAGACACCAAACCAUUAGUUACUGCUCAGCACAGGAGGACAGCAUCUGCUGGCACCGUGAGUGAUGCUGAAGUGCGCUCAAUCAGUAACUCCUCCCGUUCCAGCAUAACCUCUGCAGCUUCCAGCAUGGACUCCUUGGAUAUCGAUAAGGUGACAAGACCUCAGGAACUCGACUUGACAUCACAAGGGCAGCCAAUCACUGAGGAGGAACAGGCAGCUAAACUCAAAGCUGAGAAGAUCAGGGUUGCAUUAGAGAAGAUUAAAGAGGCACAAGUGAAAAAGUUGGUGAUCAGAGUCCAUAUGUCUGAUGACAGCUCAAAAACAAUGAUGGUGGAUGAGAGGCAGACAGUGAGACAAGUAUUAGACAAUCUGAUGGACAAAUCACAUUGCGGUUACAGUUUGGACUGGUCAUUGGUGGAAACUAUCUCUGAAUUACAAAUGGAAAGAAUCUUUGAAGAUCAUGAAAAUCUCGUUGAAAAUCUUUUGAACUGGACAAGAGAUAGUCAAAACAAACUAAUGUUUGUGGAACGUAUAGAAAAAUAUGCACUUUUCAAGAAUCCCCAGAACUAUCUUCUGGGGAAGAAAGAAACCUCUGAGAUGGCAGACAGAAAUAAAGAGGUGCUGCUAGAGGAAUGUUUCUGUGGAAGUUCUGUAACUGUGCCAGAGAUUGAGGGAGUUUUGUGGCUGAAAGAGGAUGGUAAGAAGUCUUGGAAGAAACGUUACUUUCUUCUUCGAGCUUCGGGAAUCUACUAUGUCCCUAAAGGGAAGGCAAAGGUCUCGCGGGAUCUCGUGUGCUUUCUGCAGCUAGAUCAUGUCAAUGUUUACUACGGACAGGACUAUCGGAACAAAUACAAAGCACCCACAGACUAUUGUUUAGUGCUAAAGCAUCCACAGAUCCAGAAGAAAUCCCAGUAUAUCAAGUAUCUCUGCUGUGAUGAUGUAAGAACUCUACACCAGUGGAUCAAUGGCAUCCGCAUUGCCAAGUAUGGGAAGCAACUAUACAUGAACUAUCAGGAAGCACUGAAGAGAACAGAAUCGGCAUAUGACUGGACUUCCUUGUCUAGCUCCAGUAUCAAGUCAGGCUCCAGCUCAUCUAGUUUGCCAGAAUCGCAAUCAAAUCAUUCUAAUCAGUCUGACAGCGGAGUGUCUGACACCCAGCCAGCUGGACAUGUCCGUUCCCAAAGUAUUGUCAGCUCCAUGUUCUCCGAGGCCUGGAAACGAGGCACUCAACUGGAGGAAUCCAGCAAGGCCCGAAUGGAGCCUGCAGGUCGGCCCUUAGCGUUGGUCACACCUCCUGUGUCCCCACAGACGAAAGUGGCAACCCCCUACGCAGCAUCGCAGCCGUCC